AUCGGUGGUAAACGAAGGGCUCCUCGGCGGAGGACAACCAAUCAAGGUUCUGGUGCUGCGACGAUGAAUCUUGGCUGCUGGAGCCUCGGCCGCGCGAUGGAUGCGAUGGGUCUGGGGAAGCGGGGCGUCUCAGUAGCGGUGAUGCUGUUCCUCGGCUCUUUCAGCGCCUUGCUGGUGAUGCAUCUCAGGGGUGCCUUGUGGCUGCUGCGAUGCCGCCUUUUAGACUCGGGCUUGGGCGGCGACUCCAGCACCGAGCUCAGCCUCACCUACAGCGCGGUUGAACUGAGCCAAAUCGGCGAGCCCUGGGCCUUCAGGCAGAGAGUGGGGCCAGAUAUCCAGUUGGAGGCUAAAGCUGCUCUGCACCAAGCUCUGGAGAUGAAGCGUCUGGGGAAAAGAGAAAAGGCACACAAAUUGUUCAUGCAUGCCUUAAAUAUGGACCCACACUAUGUAGAUGCAUUGAAUGAACUGGGAGUCUUCAUGGAAGAGAAUAAGGAUGUUAUUCAAGCUGACCAUUUGUACACAAAAGCAUUAACCAUUUCUCCAUGCAACGAGAAGGCACUGGUCAAUCGUGACAGAACGUUACCUCUGGUAGAAGAAAUUGACCAGAAGCAGUUUAGUAUUAUUGACCACAAGGUUAAAAAGUUGAUGGCUAUACCCAAAGGGAAUGCAGCAUUGCACCGUGUGAUGGAGGAAAGUUAUUACCAUCAUAUUUAUCAUACUGUGGCUAUUGAGGGCAAUACACUGACCCUUUCUGAGAUCAGGCACAUCAUUGAAACAAGGUAUGCCGUACCUGGGAAGAGCCUGUUGGAGCAGAAUGAAGUUAUUGGGGUUGAUGCAGCCAUGAAGUAUCUCAAUAAAUCCCUGCUAUCAAGAAUUGGAUCUGUUAAUAUAGAUGACAUUUUACAGAUUCACAGAAGGGUUUUGGGUUACGUUGAUCCUGUAGAGGCUGGAAGAUUUCGAACCAAUCAGGUCUUCGUAGGCCAUCACAUUCCUCCCCAUCCCAGAGAUGUCAGGAAACAAAUGCAAGAGCUUGUCCAGUGGUUGAAUUCUGAAGAAGCCAUGAGUCUGCAUCCUGUGGAGUUCGCUGCCCUUGCCCAUUAUAAACUUGUUUAUAUCCAUCCCUUUGUAGAUGGGAAUGGAAGGACGGCUCGAUUACUGAUGAAUCUUAUUUUAAUGCAGGCAGGUUAUCCGCCUGUCACAAUCCGCAAGGAGCAGCGGGUUGAGUAUUAUACUUCAUUAGAUUUGGCCAAUGAGGGAGACGUUCGGCCAUUUAUCCGCUUUAUUGGGAAGUGCACAGAGAUGACGCUUGACUUACUGCUGAUUGCAACAGCUGAUCAUUCUGUCGAUAAAGGUUUACCUGAAGCAAAUCCAAACCACUCCGAUUAUACACAAACCAUCUUAGUUAAAAACUAAUGGUUUAAUGGCUACAAUUAUGUGAAAUUUGCCAAGUCUUCUGUCUAGCUUUCACUAGGUGUCAUGUGGGAGGGAAAAGCAAAAUCCCACUUUACAUUGUUAGGAUUAGUGAUGUUGGAAUACACUUUCUUUUUAAGAAUAGUGGACUGAAUUUCCAAAUCAAACCCAUUCCUGAAUGGUACAGAAAAGGAAAAUAACUCUUUUAUAAUGUGCCUGUGUUACUUUUAAACAAACGAGUCUUGUAAUAACUUCAACAGCUAAAUAUUAGGCCCACAAUUUGGAUGCGGUGGGACAAGAAAACAACUGAUUCCCAAAUUUCUAGAUCAGUUAAGGAAAUUGGAAUGUGGAUUCCAGCACCUGCAGCUGGUCGGCAGGUUUGUUCACUGGGGGGAGAAGCAGAACAGCUCCUGACUUUUAACCUCUCCCAAGUCAGGAGGGAGGUGAUUACUAUCUGCAUAUUGAGAACAUACUUUCAAGUUUAAUGGCCAGGGACCACUUGUAGCAUUUUUUUUAGUACCUAUGAGGGAGCAAAAAAUCAUUUUCCACGCAAUGUCAUACUAAUAAUAGUGCACCAUUUAAUGAGACUGGUGUGAAUGUUCUGAUCCUCAAAUUUGUUUAAUAUUAAUUACAGGCUGUUAUGCACAGCUCUAAAAAGGAAACCUAACUUUAAGUUUUAUACAGCUGGUGAGAUUAGUGGCGUUGGUUUCAGCCAAUUGUCAGAGAGCAAAGAUCUGCAUGAAAAAUAACCUAAGUUCAUUAGAGGUUCACUAAAAUAGAA